UCUGAGCUCCGCGGCUCUUGCGGUUCUUGUCGCGGGUUUAGGGCCUCUGAGGGCUUUGGGACCUCCUCGGAUCGCGGAGCCCUAGGAGGACGCCGGGACAUCCCGGAAGCCGGGGGAUGGACUCGGUGGUUUUUGAGGACGUGGCUGUGAACUUCACCCAGGAGGAGUGGGUUUUGCUGGCUCCUUCUCAGAAGAAACUCUACAGGGAUGUGAUGCGGGAAACCUUCAUUAACUUGGCCUCUGUAGAGAAAAAAUGGGAAGAUCAGAACAGUGAAGAUCCAUACGCAAACCAAGGCAGAAAUCUGAGAAAUCACGUGGUCCAGAAACCCUGCGAAACUAAACAAAGUAACCAAUUUGAAGAAACCUUCAGUCAGACUCCAAAUCUUAAAUCGAACAGGAAAACUUUUACUGGAAGAAAACCCUAUGAAUGUGUUGUGUGUGAAAAAGUCUAUGUGUGUCAUUCAUCUCUUAAAAGGCAUAUGAGAUCUCACACUGAACCCAAAUUAUAUGGCUAUAACAAAUACGGAGAGAAGUCGUACGAGUGUAAGGAAUGUGGAAAGACAUUCAGCUUUCGAAGUUCAUUUCGAAUCCAUGAAAGAACUCACACUGGCGAGAAACCCUAUAAAUGUAAACAAUGUGGUAAGGCUUUUAGUUGGCCCAGUUCCUUUCAAAUCCAUGAAAGAACUCAUACCGGUGAGAAACCGUAUGAAUGUAAGGAGUGUGGGAAAGCCUUCAUUUAUCACACGACCUUUCGAGGACACAUGAGGAUGCAUACUGGAGAAAAACCGUAUAAGUGUAAAGAAUGUGGGAAAACCUUUAGUCACCCCAGUUCAUUUAGAAACCAUGAAAGAACACACUCUGGAGAGAAACCCUACGAAUGUAAACAGUGUGGGAAAGCUUUUACCUAUUACCAGACAUUUCAAAUUCAUGAAAGAACUCACACUGGAGAGAAACCCUAUCAGUGUAAGCAGUGUGGCAAAGCUCUCAGUUGUCCCACAUCCUUUCGAAGUCACGAAAGGAUUCACACUGGAGAAAAACCCUACAAAUGUAGAAAAUGUGGUAAGGCCUUCAGUUUUCCCAGUUCCUUUAGAAAACAUGAAAGAAUUCAUACUGGAGAGAAGCCCUAUGAUUGUAAGGAAUGUGGGAAAGCCUUUAUCUCUCUUCCAAGCUUUCGAAGACACAUGAUCAUGCAUACUGGGAAUGGACCCUAUAAAUGUAAGGAAUGUGGGAAAGCCUUCGACUGUCCCAGCUCAUUUCAAAUUCAUGAAAGAACUCACACUGGAGAGAAACCCUAUGAAUGUAAACAGUGUGGGAAAGCCUUCAGUUGUUCCAGUUCCUUUCGAAUGCAUGAAAGGACUCACACUGGAGAGAAACCCCAUGAAUGCAAACAAUGUGGGAAAGCCUUCAGUUGUUCCAGUUCCGUUCGAAUCCAUCAAAGGACUCACACUGGAGAGAAACCCUAUGAAUGUAAACAGUGUGGGAAAGCCUUCAGUUGUUCCAGUUCCUUUCGAAUGCAUGAAAGAAUUCACACAGGAGAGAAACCCUACGAAUGUAAACAGUGCGGCAAAGCCUUUAGCUUUUCCAGUUCCUUCCGAAUGCACGAAAGAACCCACACCGGAGAAAAACCCUAUGAAUGUAAACAGUGUGGGAAGGCCUUCAGUUGUUCCAGUUCUUUUCGAAUGCACGAGAGGACUCACACUGGAGAGAAACCCUAUGAAUGUAAGCAGUGUGGGAAGGCCUUCAGUUGCUCCAGUUCUAUCCGAAUACAUGAGAGGACUCACACUGGAGAGAAACCCUAUGAAUGUAAGCAGUGUGGGAAGGCCUUUAGUUGUUCUAGUUCAGUUCGAAUGCAUGAAAGGACUCACAGUGGCGAGAAACCCUAUGAAUGUAAACAAUGUGAUAAAGCCUUUAGUUGCUCCCGUUCCUUUCGAAUCCAUGAAAGAACUCACACUGGAGAGAAACCCUACAAAUGUAAACAAUGUGGAAAAGCCUUCAAGUGUUCCCGUUCCUUUCGAAUACAUGUAAAAACUCAUACUGGAGAAUAACCCUAGAACUCUAAGUAAUGUGGCAAAACUUUCGUUUCUCCCAUUUCCUGUAGAAGACAUGAAAGGACUCUCAUGGCAGAGAAACUCUUCUUUGUAAGAAGAUUUCUACUUAUUUAGGUGUGAAUUCCAGAAAGACCUCAUACUGGAGAGAGACCAUAGUAUUGUAAGCAGUGUGGGAAAGCCUUCAUUGAUCACGCAAUCUUUCAAAGACACAUGAGAAUGCAUGCUGAAGUGAAACUAUUGAUAUAUAAAUGUAAAGUUUUUUUUUUAAACCUUCAGUUGUACCAAAUCAAUUGCAAGCCCUGAACAAAAGCACACUGAGAGCAACUCCUUGACAGUGAGCAACAUGGAAACACCUUGUUUGAUUUCUAUUCUUACAAAACAUGAGAAUACACACUGGAAACAGACCCUAGGAAAGUGAAAAAUAACAGAAAGUUUUCGAUUUUAAUAAACAGAAAACUCCCAUGAAGAGAGAUCUUAUACAUAUAGAUAAUAUGGAGAGGCCUAAUCCAGAUUCUUUUGUGUAUACUAUUCUAGAAAAUGUGCAGUGUGGGAGAAAUGUAAUAUAUUGUAUUCUUUAUUAGUUGCCCAG